AUGUGUGUCAGCAACACUCCGGAUUGGAGAAAAGCAUAUCGAAAUCUUAAGAGCCAUCUUAGUCAACCCCAAUCUGACGUUUAUCGUAAGAUUAGUAGUGACUAUGCUGCGGUGUUCAUCCUUCUCAAACAGGCAAGAACGACUGAGGAUUUAGAGGCCUGGAUUGUGAAAUGGGAUGACGUUCUUACUCGUGCAGAACGUAAGAAAAUGUCUAUUGCCACCAACACAAUCGAAUGGGCAGAUAAAUUCUUUGACGCUAUUGACUUCCUUGACCACUCCUGGAUAACGACUUUUAAAGUCCACUUUCAUGAGAAGAUUGAUGACGGGACUCUGGAACGAAGAGAUCUUACUAAUAUGUUCCGAAGGCUUAUUCAACAACCACAUAUACGCCUCCGGGGGCGUCCAUCAAGAGGAUCCUUUGCCACUCAGGCUGGAGGAAAUGAUAAUAGAAGUGACCAUGAGGCUCCACAACAGCCACGACGUCAGAAUCGCUCCCUGGACCGCUCCCGAGGACGCUCACAAUCUCACUCCAGAGAACGACCAAGUAAGAAAGCCAGGCUUAUAAAGCCAGAGGAUAUGAGGACAACCACUACACCAAUCUGCCCGGCAUGUGGAGGACGACAUUUUCUCCUAGCAUGCUUUUAUAUCCUUCAACACCUUGGGCUUCCAGUUCCAGAUAACUUUGAACCUUGGAUAUAUCGUCAAGAGAGAGCAAAAGAAUGGACUGAGAAAAACACCAAUAUGAUUGACGAAUUGGUUAAACACCAUGAGCAGUUGACGCUCAGUGCUAACAAAGAACAUCCUCGCUCUCGAAGCCGAUCCCAAGGCAGAGCAAAGGAAAUACUAGGAAUCACCCAAGAUAAGACGAUAUUCCAGGGAGAGCCAAUACCCUCAGAAUGA